AUGGACAGCUGGAUCAAGUCCGGGAAGGGCUGGCGCCAUUCGACCACCGUAGUAUACCGCCGCUACCCGACCAUUGCGAAGCGCGAUGCCCUAUUCCACGUGGAGGCCGGGGCCACCUUCAACCAGGUCCUGUGGAACAUGAUCCAGCUGGCCCGCGCCCACUACGGGACCGCGCUGCCUCCUGCCGACCGUCGGAAGAAGCUCAUUCUCCUCGCCGGCACCAACGAUGUGAAGAAUUUCUGGUACGGGAAGCGCUUAAGUACUACCCAUCACCACAAGCCGGCAUCCGACAUAAUCAGCCAAUUAAAUGCUGUUAAAAACGCCCUGCAGCAUUAUUAUAGCCCAAUUUUUGUGGUGCAAGUGCCGGAGACCGAGAUCAACCGCCCCCACUGCAAUAUCGCCAUCGGCUAUAUCAAUGAAAGCCUGCGGAAGUUUUGCGUGGAGGGCGAAAAUGCCCGGAACAACUGGCAUUUCAUCAACAUGCCGGCCUUCGAGCUUGGGAAUGUCGCCGACCAUAAGGACAAGUUCCUGCACACAGACAAUGUGCAUAUUGCUCCCGCCAUGGGCGAUCGGCUGUACAUUGCCAUGUAUAGAGCCAUUGAGCGCGUCGCCCAAAAGCGUACAGCCGAACUGCAGGCGAGAAAACGGCGCAGCGUGAGGCAGCGGAGAAGCAGCGAGUGGCGGAGCGGGUCGAGCGGAGCAGAAGGCGGCAGACGAGCGAGCUGCCCGGGCAAAGAAGGAAAAGGAAGAGCGGGAAGCGCAGGAGCAGAGGGAUGCGGAUGA